AUGCGCCGUCCGUCCGCUGCCUGCCGCAGAGCAGUGCAGUCGCUCCAAUUGCCCACUGCCCAUCACGUAUGGAUCUCUGACGACCUCCUCGCCCGGGCCCUCCUUCCAUUUUUCCCCAGCUCGUGUCCACAACAGAGACGCCAUGGCAGCAACGUCCCGGGGCCAUUGGAGGCUAGAAGGAGGGCAGCCAAGCGCCGGAUGACUGUCUCUGCGGGGUUCCAUCCUCAAUACACCUUCCAAUCGCUCUUCAACCUCGGCGCUCUGUUUGCCUUCUGCAAAGAGUCGCAGCCUACCUGGAGAUAUGAAGCGCCGUCCUUGCAACACAGGACCGAGCCAUUGGACCUUUCCUCGACUCCCCGACCCAACCCACUCGCCUUUCCAAACUCUGAUGAGCCCGAACACGCUUCUGCUAGGACUUCAAGUGGAGACUUCAAACAAAGUAGCGCGCAUAUCCUGGCCCGCUUUGACAACUUCAAAUCCCAGGUCAUAUCCGCAGGAGACCUAUCCUUUGCCGAGCGCAACAGACUCCUUGCCAAUGCCUGGAAGUCUUGUUGUCCAGUCCACUCCGAUGCAUGGAUGUACAAUACUAUGGUAGUAGAGUAUGUGGUGGAACUUGGUUGGGAUCCUUCAAACAUUCUCUCGGAACACGAGUCGUUCGCGCUGCCUCCCAUGUACACAUUGCAAAGCCAAAGCUUUCUCGACUGUUUAGAAAAAUCUUCAGCGCGUUUUUCGCACGCCGCCAAAGUCUACCAUGAGGUAUCGAUGAGAAUGGUUGAGUUAGCGGGAUCUGUCACAAUCUCGACAAACACUUCACAGGACACCGAGCUUCUCUUCAUCAUUCGGCUCGCACUUCAAGGCGCUUUCUCAACAGACAACAAGAUCAAGUCCUCUGUAGCACAAGCUUUGGCUUUGGUCGCCGACAAGAUUCAAAACAUCGGCAUUCGAGACACGUUACUCGCAAUCCUCACAGGCGCAAAUAGUGUACAGCAAAGCACAAUCACACUACUUGCGCGUGUUGCCGCCGACUAUAAGCUCUGUGCCACCUUGGAAAUGACUCUUUUUUGCCUUCCGCGGAAGCAACUUCGAUGGCUUAUCCCAUCGGUUACUACAUCUCUGGCCAUGGAUAUCGCACGGGAAACCAGGUUGCCGAAUAGGGCUCACGAACAUCGCCUCAGUGCAUGGUUAACGGUUCUUGAAGGUCUCGAUAGACGUUCAGCCUCUCGCGCAUCUAGUGCAGAUUUUUUCGAUACUGCGAUUGCAGCAGUGAACAAGUAUGUCUUCAGGAACAGCAAUCCUGGCAGAAUGCGAGGCCAUGUAUUGCUUCACGCCUUGACAUUUCAAUUGACACAGCAAACACUGUACGCUUUUUACAGGGAGAGGACAUUGCAGCUCAUCCAUGCUCCCAUACAUACGUCUCAAGAACCCCUGGAGUUCGAAACAUUCUUGGGGCUUGUCUUUGCUCGUAUGCAAAAAGAGGGUUUGCCUUGUACACCUUUGGUAGACCUGACUGUAUAUACCUUCACUCGCCAUGCUGAGUUGAUGUCCGUAUACUACAUCUUGUCCACAUUGAAACAGCAAGGACUCAUGUUGGAAAAUGCAUCAAGCAUACAAUCUCGGUUCAUAAAAAGAGCAGCCUCACUCCCCCGCAAAACCGAGUCGAUGAACGAACAAGCCCGUCAACACUACGCCUUUGCUCUACGCACCUGCCAAGGCAUAACCAACCUUCUUGUCAAACUCGUUUCUUCUUCUUCUACCUCCACUGCGAGUGCCUUGGCCCACACGAAGAAGCACCUCCUCCAUCUACAAGCCCGCCGCGAAUUCAACGCAAUCCUCGACCGCGCCUCCGCAAACAACGCUCUACCGCAAAUGUACACAACCACCACGUCCGACAUACCCACUUCGGACCGCACGAUCCUCAUCCACCAACUCGCUCACUUCUACUCGCUCAGUACCACGCGCUCCCAUCGCGAGACGUGGCGCUCCAUAUACUAUAUAUACAACUACCUUCAGACCUAUUCGCUGCCUAUUGGCCCAUUGUUUACCAAAGCCGUGGUGCGCGCUGCGAUUAUCCGGCCCAUGAUGGAACAUCGGUUUAUCAGUGCAAGGAGACUGAUUUGGGUCUGUCAUCUUGUCGCACGGGUAGAGGGCGAGAAUGUAGCGAGGCAGAUUGAGAGUAGUUACUGGCGCUGGAGAGGCGAGUUGAUCAGACAUGCUAAGCGGGCGCAUGACGAUGCGGGAGGAGACAGAAAGGCAAAGGCCAUGGUGGGGAAGAUGAAGGGGCUGGGGUUGAUUUGA